AUGUUGUUCCUGAGGCACUGCGCCCCACUCAUCUAUCUGUUGGGCACCGCUCAAGGUCAAGGACAAAGCCAAGGUUCCAGCUCAACCCCGACUCCCGCAGGCGAUGCGACAAAGACGAAGACAGCAACACCCACGGCCCAGCCAACCUGCGAAUCGAGAACCAUAAACUAUAUCACACAUACCUUACCACAACAAUGCCUGACCGUGUCCAUUUCCCCCGCCACGGCUUCGGCGUCAACAACAACUUCUGCCUCAGAAACAAGUGUCGCUGUGUCCCAAACCGCUUCGAGUAUUGGCGGUGACACAGCGAGUGGUGUCCAGGGCCACGACCCCGACAGCGACGAAAAUGACCUGAGCACGGGAGCUUUCAUGUCAUUUGAAGAAUGGAAGGAAAUGAUGCUCGAAAAGUCCGGCCAGGAGAACCUCGAGGACCGUCCGCGCAAAUCUCAUGACGGACGUGGCCAGGCCCCUGGAGAUGACUACGGAACCAUGGGCGAAGAAGGAGAGAUCUCUUUGGACUUUGGUGCCUACUCGGACAAGAUCUCUGAAAUAACCUCUGCUGGCAAACCAGCCCAGAAGGACAAGAAAGAAAAGACCGAUGAAUUGUCAGCGGUGGAGAAGGUAUCAUACGACGAGGGGCUGGGGCAUGUAUAUCGCAGCAAAGAUGCUGGCAAGACAUGCAAGGAAAGAUUUAACUAUGCUUCGUUCGACGCAGGGGCGACAGUACUCAAGACCAACCCCGGCACCAAAAAUUCCAAGGCUAUUCUUGUCGAAAAUAAGGACUCAUACAUGCUCAUGGAGUGCAGAACUCAGAACAAGUUUUUUAUUGUAGAGCUCAGCGACGAUGUUCUAGUAGACACCGUGGUUCUGGCCAACUUUGAGUUCUUCUCAAGCAUGGUCCGCCAGUUUCGAGUCAGUGUCAGCGAUCGAUAUCCAGCCAAGCUAGACAAGUGGAAAGUGCUGGGUGAGUACGCUGCGCGGAACUCUAGGGAUGUCCAGCCCUUUCUGAUCGAACACCCUCAGAUCUGGGCGCGCUACAUUCGUAUCGAGAUCCUAAAUCACUACGGCAAGGAGUUCUAUUGUCCCUUGUCUCUGCUGCGGGUUCACGGAACGCGUAUGCUCGAUUCCUGGAAGGAAGCCGAUCCCAGUGACCUUGAAGCCGAACUUGAAGGAGAGGAGGAGACAAUAGCUAUCGAAGAAGCUCCUGAAAUAUUAGAACCAGCCGAACCUGUCGAGGUUGUAGUGGAAGAAACUGUGGUCGAGGAGCCGGCUCGAGCAGAGAAUCAGAACGUUGAACUGCUCCAGAGUAACUUUGAACCUUUCUGGGACCACUCUUAUUUCCAGCACAGAUUCCCGACCUAUGCGGUCUGUAGAUUGGACGAAGCACCUACCCAAUCUUCACAACAUACUUCAGAGACCGAAGGUCAUGACCACACCACUACUUCUGUUGAACCCAGAGGUACGGUAACUGCCAAGGAGAAUAAACCUGCCUCUGUUGUUUCAUCUCAGCAGUCUGGGAACACGUCAGCUUCAGCCAAUUCGGCCACGUCUGCUCCUAGUAAAGAACAGUCGGGCGGUUCGAAUACUGGCAAUAGAAUAUCCGAGACGACUACGACCUACGUUCAGUCGCAAUAUUCCGCGCCAGGUGGCGCGCAUACAUCAUCUAGUAAGCCGACAACUACAUCUAUACCAAUAAAGGCUUCGUCUCCUACUCCUUCAACACCUAGAAGCAAGACGGCGGCUGCUACAUCUCUCAAGCCCCCCUCAUCCAAACCUGCUAGUCCCAAAGCGUCCGGCGGCACCACAUCUCGAGGCAAAACCAUGACAGCAACCUCCUCGUCCGUUUCGGCUUCACCUACGGUGCAGGACUCAUUCUUCAAGCAACUAACUAAGCGACUGCAAAACCUCGAGUCGAAUACCACCCUUUCGAUGCAAUAUAUCGAAUCGCAGUCCAAGUUCUUACAGGAGGCGCUUGCUAAGCUCGAGCGUCGUCAUGCAGCAAAGGUUGACCUGUUUCUCGACUCGCUCAAUAAGACGGUGAUGACCGAGCUUCGCGAAUUCCGCUCGCAAUAUGACCAGAUAUGGCAAAGUACAGUCAUCGCCCUCGAAUCGCAACGUGAAAAAUUUGAACACGACAACCUUGCGCUGUCGACCCGCGUUGGGCUCCUGGCCGACGAAGUGGUAUUUCAAAAGCGAAUGGCUAUAGUCCAGAGCGUCCUACUUCUUGGCUGUCUUGUGUUAGUGGUUUUUGGUCGUGGACUUGGCACUGCUGGCUUAGAACUCUAUUACCCAUCUCAAAUCCAAGGCUCAUUCAGCAGACUCGCUAGCCCGCUCUAUCCCUCGACGCCCAAGGGAGUACGUCGAGAGUCAGCUCAGCGCAGACCAAGUACCAUGCGUGGAGCUAUCGAGGACUCAACCGGUGCAACACCGAACAGAGGGCUCGUAAGCGACAGCGAUAUGAACGAGACGCCGCCUCGUCCGCCACCGGUAGUGCGCACCCCAACCCCCGAGCCCCUGGUGAGGCCCAAAGGUCAGCGCCACCUUUCGCUGCCGGAGAACCGACAACCGCUUUCCAGGACAGUCUCGGAGCACACAGGCAUGGAGUUCUAUCAGCCCCCUACGCCUGCCAGCAUCGACGCUGACGCCGGGUAUGACUCUGAACCACCUCACCUACCCUCGUCCCCGAGAGUUGAUUAUUUCUCUGUCAAGACGAAUGGUGACUUCACAGAUCACGGAGACAGUACACCUGCAGAAACAACUUUAGAACAUUUCGACAAAACGGUACGGCUGCCAAGGCCGGCCCCUGAAGCAGAUGACCAGGCCGAAGAAGAUGCCCAGAUGAUACCCAGGGCGGGUCUCCCGCGAGUACCAACAUCUGCUGCGGCGAGCGUGAAGCCGCUGCCUGCUUUGCCCGAGCAUUCGGAUCAGAGCGACUGA